AUGAAAAAGUCGCUUCUUUUAGUAUUUAUUCACGGCUUCAAGGGAGACAAUGAUACUUUUGGGAGUUUCCCCGAACGCCUAAAGGCAGUGGUGGGCCGCUGUCUGCCCAACGUGCAGGUCGCCACCGCUGUGUAUCCUCGGUAUGAUACUCGCGGCGAGCUGAAAGAAUGUGUGGCCAAUUUUCGGGAAUGGCUACAGAAUCAAGUUAUUGAUUUAGAGGUCGAGAAUCAGACCCCGUCGCCUACUGUUGACCCUUCCGUCCAUGUCUUCCUUAUCGGCCACUCGAUGGGUGGGAUUGUUGCUGCGGAGUCGUUGAUCCUGUUGGCCUCGGAGCAGCCGAUACCCCCGAAAUCCGCCACGGCUCCGGAGGAGGAUACGGGGAAAGCCCGUGCCUCUCCUGUUGUAGAACCUGGCUCGUUUAUGUUCCCGCAUAUUCAAGGCGUGCUGGCUUUUGAUACUCCUUUCCUGGGCAUAGCGCCAGGUGUUAUAUCCUACGGAGCUGAAGGGCAUUACAAGAAUGCCUCGUCUGCGUACAGCGCAGUCUCUGAGGUAGCAGGAUUAUUCGGAUUCGGCGGUAAUAGCGCGUCAUCCCCCAAGGGGGCUACCAACCAGGAGGCUCGAUCGAAACAGCAAACUCCUGCAGUGACCAACAGCCCGGAGCCAUCUACAGAUGCCGCCGCGACACCUUCCUGGCAGCGAUGGGGCCGGUACGCCAUGUUUGCGGGAGCUGCAGGCGCAGUUGCUGCAGGCGGCGCAGCAGCUAUCUACUCCCAGAGACACAAUAUAACCAGCGGAUGGGGCUGGAUCUCGUCGCAUCUCGAAUUCGUUGGAUGUUUGACACGGUCCGCCGAGAUGCGCCAGCGUUUGGACCGCUUGGCCGAGGUCCAGAGGGACCGGGGCAUCGGCUGCAUCAAUUAUUAUACGUGCCUGGGCAAGAAUGCAUCAGCGUUGGUCGAGAACACCGGUCCCGGACAGACCUCUUUUAGUCAAAAGAUCAUACGGUCAAAACACCGCACAUUCUGCACCCUGCCGGUAAACGUAGAGGGCCGGGACCUGCCUGUGCAAGAGGGUCCAGGUCUCGGAUGGGUCCGAGCGGUGAACGAUAAUGCAAGCGACGAAGUCAAGGCGCACAUUAGCAUGUUUCUGCCCAAGCAGAACCCUGCCUUUUUGGACCUCGUUGGCGAUGCAUCCAAAUGGCUCGUGAAGUCCGUCGACAAGAGCUGGUACUCCUCCGCUACGGUUGAUGAGCGCAUUCCACGGACCGACAACAGCAAGGGUGCGGACGACACUGAUAACGGAUUCAUGGAUGGAGACGAUGUCGUGGUUGUGGAUUAG